UAACAAUAAUAAUUAAGGGGGGGGAAAUACCUCAAACCCUCCCUGUAUUUUCCAAAGCCUGUGACAAAGCAAGAUUUGUUAGGAGGCUUCUCCUUCUCUUGCAAAACAAUGGUGCUGCUUUCAGAGCUGGGAGUGAGACUGAGGGUCAAGUCCCUUUAAAAAAAAAAAAGUGAAAUACAGUAUUGUGCAUCUUGAAAUCUGAAACCAAGAAACAGAAGUGCAAGCGAAACAAGGGGAAAAUCUUCCAAUUCCCGAGGACGACUGUUGCGAGUGGAGUUUCAAGGAAUAAAAUAUAUGUAUAUACACAUUUAAAGGUCAUUGAAUGGCUUUUUUGCAGAAAGCUGUAAAAUAAAGGAGCCUUGGAAGAAGAGAUUUUUUUUUACUCCUUUCUGGAUAGAAUGGCCAUUGCAAAGCAAAGCAUCUUGAGAUUUGGCUUCAAAUGGCUCAUCCUAGCAACUUUUCUGCUAGCCUGUGACGGACAAGGUGGGAAAAGAGAGAAUGGUGGUCCUGCCUGUUAUGGAGGAUUUGAUUUGUAUUUCAUUCUAGACAAAUCAGGAAGUGUCCUCCACCAUUGGAAUGAAAUAUAUCAUUUUGUGGAACACUUGGCCCGCAAGUUCAUAAGCCCUCAGCUGAGGAUGUCCUUCAUUGUUUUUUCAACUAGAGGGACAAUUCUAAUGAGGUUAACAGAAGACAGAGAACAGAUACGCCAGGGUCUAGAAGAGCUGCAGAAAGUCCUCCCGGGAGGCGACACAUACAUGCAUGAAGGAUUUGAAAGGGCAAGUGAACAGAUUUACUAUGAAAAUGUUCACGGUUACAGAACGGCAAGCGUCAUCAUUGCAUUGACAGAUGGAGAACUCCAUGAAGACCUGUUUUUCUACUCUGAGAGGGAGGCUAAUCGGUCGCGUGACCUGGGAGCGACAGUGUAUUGUGUUGGCGUGAAAGACUUCAAUGAGACCCAGCUGGCUAGAAUUGCCGACAGCAAAGAUCAUGUCUUUCCAGUGAAUGAUGGUUUUGAAGCCCUUCAGGGGAUCAUAGACUCUAUUUUGAAGAAAUCCUGUAUAGAAAUUCUGGCAGCAGAGCCUUCCAGUAUAUGUGCAGGGGAAACGUUUCAGGUUGUGGUGAGAGGAAAUGGAUUUCGACACGCCCGUAACGUUGACAGAGUGCUCUGCAGUUUCAGGAUCAAUGACACCGUUACUCUCAAUGAGAAGCCUUUUGUAGUGGAAGAUACCUACUUACUCUGCCCAGCACCUGUGCUACGAGAAGUUGGCAUGGAAGCAGCUCUCCAAGUCAGUAUGAACGAUGGUCUGAGUUUCAUCUCCAGCUCCGUCAUCAUCUCCAGCACACACUGUUCUGAUGGGACCAUCUUGGCUAUUGCGCUGUUGAUCCUCUUCCUCCUGCUGGCCUUGGCUCUUCUCUGGUGGUUCUGGCCUCUCUGCUGCACGGUGAUCAUCAAAGAGCCUCCUCCACCUCCCGCAGAAGACAGCGAGGAGGAAGAUGAUGAUGGCCUUCCAAAGAAGAAAUGGCCAACAGUAGAUGCCUCUUAUUAUGGUGGACGAGGAGUUGGUGGCAUCAAACGAAUGGAGGUGCGCUGGGGAGAAAAAGGCUCCACAGAAGAAGGCGCUAAGUUAGAAAAAGCCAAGAACGCCAGGGUCAAGAUGCCAGAACAGGAAUACGAGUUCCCCGAACCCAGGAACCUUGCGAACAACAUGCGCAGGCCUUCCUCUCCUCGCAAGUGGUAUUCUCCAAUCAAGGGGAAACUGGAUGCUCUCUGGGUCUUGCUGCGGAAAGGUUACGACCGUGUAUCUGUGAUGCGCCCACAGCCAGGAGACAAGGGCCGUUGCAUCAAUUUCACCAGAGUGAAGAACACGGACGCCCCACCCAAAUACCCUCUGAACAACGCGUACCCGCCGGCAUCUCCACCUCCAGCGCCCAUCUACAACCCCCCGGCCCCCAUCUACACCCCCCCUGCACCCAGCUCCCCCACACCCCACACCCCGUCCCCAUCCUCCACACUCCCCCCACUUCCCCCACCCCCGCAGGCCCCCCCACCCAACCGGGCCCCCCCUCCAUCUCGUCCCCCCCCUCGCCCAGCAGUCUAGGGGGUUGCCCUUGCUCCCGGCUCUUCCAGAAGCAUUCGAGAGGCUUUUUCAGCAGUACUGUAUCACAUCCAUCUUCGGGUUGGGGGGUGGAGGGGGCUAGAGGAAGCCGGACCAUUUUUUCAAUGGGUGCCAACAGAAUGAACGACUUUGUAGUCACGUUUCUCCUUUAGUUUUCUUUUGUUUUUUAAAAUCCCUCGUGCAUCAGUGCCACCAAACUAUCAAAGCAAGAAAAGCCAAGAGACUGCAGGAACAAGGCAAAUAACUCAAGCGAUUUCAGCAAGGCUCUCCCCCUUCUUUGUCCCCGACGCUUCCCUGUGCCGUACCAUGGUGAUUCCAGGAUAUACUAAAGAAAAUGAAUGAAUAACUAGAGGAAACUCUCCGGAAAGACAAUUCUCCUCGGGGAACGACUGCAAAAGACUCUUCCAAGUGCAGACAUCCCGGCUAGUUACUGGGAGACAACUGCACAAGUUUCAUGGUACAAGAGUCAUGGUAUAUAACAGAAAGCCGAUCAUGUCUUGCUCACAUGCCAGCUGCCAAGCAAAUAAUGACAACAGCAGGUCUGCGAGUACGGAAAGCCUUGUAAAUCUGAACAGAAUUGAUGACAGGCAGCUGUUCCCAUGGACCGUGAAUUGGAGAAGGGAAGGUAUUGUCAUCUCGGAGGGCCCGGAAAGGAGAAGGGGUAGGUCUCUGGUGUCUGGAUUUGCGUAUGUUCAUAUGUGGAAGUGCAGGUGAAUGGAAAUGGAGUGCCACUAGGAAAACUAAUUACGUGGAAAAAUAAACCAGUCAGUCUGUCACAAGGCUCUGACCCCAUCCCCUGAGGACAAGGAGUAAUUGAUGACCGGUCAGCCUUCAGCGCUACAGAGGAGUUCAUAACAAUCGAGCAAAGGAAUCUGGGAAAGGUGUAGUAGACAGAAAGUCUCUGCAUUCAGUUUGGACUAAUUACGUCCAUCUAAUAGCUCUGCAGUUCGGCGGCGUAAUUUAAUGCUGGUUUACAUUUUAAAAGGAAAGUUCCUGAAUAUAACCAAGAGGUUAGGUGUAUCAGCUUCUAUAAAUCCAGUCUGCUUGGGCUCCUUGUUGUUGUCGGUUUGAAAUGGUUACCACUGAUGCAUUUCUGUUUUUUCUGCAAAUUGCCCUAGAAAUGUUUCCACUUGGAUUUUUAUUCUUUAUUCCUCUUUUUUUGAAUAAGUAGCAGAUGCCUUCCAAACUCAUAGUGAAGAAGAGCCAGCGUGCUUACUUGCUCUUGUCAACUCAACAACAUCACUUCCAUUAGCGGUAGUUGACUGAGGCAAAAAUCAACACACCGGAUGUGCAAGAUGGGAAUCAGUCUGCCCAGAAAUGCACUGGCUGCAUUUCUCCACGCUUUCGCCUCACCUUCGUGGGACCCCCCGCCCCGUAUUCCACGACAUUGCACACGCACAUGUUUUAUCCUAUAGUAAACCUUCCGAGCACCUGCCUUUGCAACACAGUGCUAGAAAUAGGUGAGAUCACUCAGCACCUCAGACCUCUGCCUCUUCAACUCACCGUCAGGAUCAGUUCUCACUAAACUACUCUCUCUGGAAAUUGUGAAGUCAUGAGAGGUAAACCGGCUUUGUAGCUGCAGUUCUAUGAAUAUCUAAGGGUUCUCAUAAUCAUAGCAUUUUUUACCAGGUAAGGAAAUGCUUUGCCAAGUACUCCAGUGCUGUUGGAAAUACUAAGUCUAGCUUUUCUAGGAAAAAAAAAAGGAAAAAGUAAAAAAAAAUGCUCAAAAUUAAAAA